UUACAUUAUUGUCUAAAAAACAAUUAAUUAAAAAUGAUUGGUAAAUUAGUAAACAAACUUCUUUUCCUAUCAUAUUUCCUUAUUGUGGAAAUUUUAUAUCAGUGCAUAUUUGAAUUACAUGUGUACCUGAUAGAUUGAUAUUUUUCACAAUGUUGCUGUUUAAAAAUAUUCUUAUCAAAAAUCUAUUUACGUUUCAUUCGAUAAGCUCAAGAUAAAUAAAAAUUUCAAAAUUGCCAUUUCGAAAAAUACGUUGAUGCCAUUAACUAAUAAUGCUCUUUAAUAAAAUGCGACAUGUAUGCGAAUUAAUUUCUAUCAUAAUAAGAAAAUAUUUUCAGCGUAUAAAUAUAUUUCUUGAGAAAGAAAACAUCUGUAGAUAAAAACUAUAAUAUAAUUGAAACUACGUAAGGACACAAUUGAAUCAAAAUAUCAAAUAAUUGCACCAAAAUCAAAUUUUUACCUCGAUAUCGAUCGUAAAAAAUUAAAAUUGACGUGAUAUACGUCAGUCAUCGAUAGAGAGGUGGACGAGAGAUCUAUAUAUAUAUAUGAAGUAAUUGAUCGAUAAUCCACGAUAUAUGAUCUUUUAUACGUAUCUUUAUCUAAUUUUGUUCUACUCGAACAACCGAAGGAGUUAUCUCUCUCUGUCUCAGUAGGAAGGAGAGAGGGUUCUCUAAUCGACGGAAUUUAUCAUAAAUACUGUCAGUUACUGUGGUUCAAGUAGCAGUUUACCGUAUUUCGUUCGAGUGGUUGGGUCGCUAAAAAUUCACUCGCUGAUUAAAAAAAAAAUUGAGCGAGAGCAACACUUUCGCGAAUGAAAAUUUACGAGAAUGACUAUCGGUAUCGCGCUGACGAUACUUAUCAUUCUUAAUCACUCGCCUGUCGACAGUGUCGCGGAUCUAGGAUUUGCGCGGUUGUUCGAUGAGAACUUAUCCGCAAUCUCGAUCCUUGAAGAAUUUCCAAAGGACGGUUCGAACCAGGCUGACCGGAUCCGAUACGACGAUUCGCCGCUCGAGGAUGUCGCAAGACCGGAAGAAAACUGCACGGGUCGCUCGAUCGAGGAGUUCCCGGAGGUCUUCACUCUGGAGCAGCGUCGUCGAGGCGCGGCGGCGCUUCACAUCUUCUUCGGGUUCUACUGCUUCAUCCUGACGGCCUUCGUCUGCAACGACUACCUGCUGCCGACCCUGGACAUCAUUUGCGUACGCCUGAACAUCAGCAGUGACGUCGCCGGGGCGACCUUCCUUGCCACCGCUAACUGCUUUCCCGAGCUCUUUGUCAACGUCAUCGGCACCUUUUUGACGGAAUCCGACCUCGGGGUCGGCACCGUCAUGGGUGGCGCGGUCUUCAAUACCUUCGCGACUCCAGCGUGCGGCGCGUUAUCGGCGACCCACGCAAUACCAUUAGAAUGGCGAAUAUUAACUCGAGAUUGUAUACUUUACACGCUAUCGGUCACCAUCUUAGUAAUCGUGAUGUGGGACGGCGUAAUCAAGUUGUACGAAGCAAUCAUCCUCAUGGUACUGUUCGUCAUUUAUUUGACGAUAUUGUUUUGCAGCAGAUGCUUUGCACGUUGGCAUAAUAAACUCGCGCGUCUGUACAAGAAUCGCAGAACGAAUUUUUCGGAAAAAGAAAUUCCUAAAGACAAGGAAGAGUCAAUGCCUGACGGUUCGUACAGGCCUUAUUUCCACGGAGAACUCGUGGCGGAAUAUCGAAAAAAGAGCUUGACGAGCAACAGCGGUCGCAAGUCUAUCUCCGACGUGGAAACGCCGAAUCAAAUCGUGGAACAAGCGGAAGAAUAUGUAGAACCAGAUACACCCUUUGUGUGGCCGACCGGAGGAAACCUGGCGAAAAUUUGGUUCUGGUUCGUCUGGCCGUUGAAGCUGAUGUUGUUUCUCACCGUGCCAGACAUCAGGUACAAACGAUGGCGAGAUUGGUAUCUGAUAACGUUCGUCAUGUGCGUGAUAUGGAUCGCGAUAUCUUCCUACCUGACGUCGUGGACGACUACUGUUCUGGGCGACACCAUCGGGAUCCCGGAUUCCGUGAUGGGCAUCACGUUACAGGCCGCAGGAGGCAACAUGCCGGAGCUGGUCUCCAUCGUAAUCCUCUCUAGACAAGGUAACGGAGACAUGGCGAUGAGUAAUACGUUGGGCGCGAACACACUCGACAUCCUGCUGUGUCUCGGUUUACCGUGGAUGAUAAAGAUACUCAUUCACAAGAAGGACAUCAAGAUCAUCUCGGACGCUCUAAGUUACAGCGUGCUCUCGAUCAUUGUCUGCGUCAUCGCUUUCUACACGGUGACUGCGGUCUGUAAGUAUCGAUUGAACAAAAAAGUGGGUCUCAUUUGCCUGAUAUUGUACGCGAUAUUCUUAGUUUUCGCUCUGUUGUUUGAACUGAACAUCUUCUUCCCGGUGAAUUUACCCAUGUGUUCUUAAAAAACUCUGUCGUCAUUUUACGAGUUUUUUUUUGUAUAAUCAAUUCGAGAUUUUUUUUGUAUAAUCAAUUGUUCAAUUCGAGAAAGAUAAGAAUGAAUCAAAGAUACUUCUGCUAACUUUGAGAUUAUUCUAUAUACAUAGAUAUAUGUAAAAGCAAUAACGAAAGUUCCUAACGAUUGAAAAUACUUUUUUUCAUCGUUACUCGUAAUGAAAAAAAAAAUCAUUA